UCAGUCUACAAUCCGAAGAGCUUUCGUAUGAUAUCUGUUAAAAGCCUUCACACCAUCAUCUUCGCCACGGACUUUAUUUCUGACAAGCACGAAUUUCUUUUUCUGGACUGUUGACAAAUAAAACCUCAGUAGGUCUUGGGAUCAAAUCCUGAGAGAGUUGUUUGGGCAAGAAAUUAGCCAAGAUGAAUGACGUAGAUGUCUCGAAGCAGAUCCAGCAGAUGGUCCACUUCAUUCGGCAAGAGGCCGAAGAGAAAGCAAACGAGAUCGCCGUCUCUGCGGAAGAGGAAUUCAAUGUAGAGAAGCUGCAGCUUGUAAAAAUUGAGAAGGAUAAAAUUAAGCAAGAAUAUGAACGAAAGGAGAAGCAGGUUGAAGUUCGAAAGAAAAUUGAGUAUUCGAUGCAGCUAAAUGCAUCACGUCUUAAAGUACUGCAAGCCCAAGAUGAUUUGGUUGCAGCAAUGAGAGAGUCUGCAGCACAGGAACUUCUGGCUGUUUCUGAUGAUCACCAUAAAUAUAAGCAUUUACUUAAAGAUCUGAUUGUGCAGGGUCUCCUGAGAUUGAAGGAACCAGCUCUGAUACUCCGUUGCCGAGAAGCUGAUCAUAGGCCAGUGCAAUCCAUUCUAGAAGAAGCAAGGGAGGAAUAUGCGAAUAAGGCAAAGCUUCAUACUCCACAAAUAUUUGUUGAUGAGGAGACUUAUCUUCCACCUGCACCUGACGCCGAUACAGUUGGCCACUCUUGUGCUGGAGGUGUUGUUUUGGCAUCAAAAGAUGGUAAAAUCGUUUGUGAAAACACACUCGAUGCAAGACUAAAUGUUGUAUUUGGGCAGAAGCUUCCAGAGAUCCGUAAACUUCUCUUCAGCAAGGUUGAUGUUUAGGGGUGCAUUGGCCUCAUAAACAGUUGCAGUAAUAUUAUUCUCAUGUUGAAAUUUUGUAUCGAAUCUAUUUUUUAAUCUUCUAUCUUGUCUUGAACUGAGUUUCAGUUCACUGUCAAUUUUCACUCAUUUUAUCCGCCAUUCUGAGACUCAAGAAGUGUAACAAUUAGAGACAUCUGAAGAGUACUGCUAAGCUAAAUAAAUCACGAGACCUGAAUGAUUUUCAAAAGUGUCUGUUAGUGCUGUGCAAUGCAAAGUUAUCAUGUUUUCUCCAGGCUCUGCAUAUUACCUCCAGCUUGUUAAGGUUUGAUUCCAGGUCAAAUUCAUUUUGUGGACUGCUGUAUCUAUUAUACUCUUUAUUACUUCUCAUUGUGGUUGAGAGUGCUUCUGGUGGCAUUUCUAUUAGAUGUAAUCUGUUUUUAUUCUUAGCAGCAAUAUAAUAACUGUGAUUUAUGUUAAAGCAAA